AUGCAGGAGGAGCUGGUGCUUGACACCGGAACUCCAAAGAUCAGCAUGUUCAAAUCGAAUCCCACUCAGGCAGUUAGCUCCAGUCAUGCUGGUGUGGAGCUUGAGGCCUUUGCUGACGUGUCCAGCAAGAUCCCAAACCAUCGAAAGCCUUACGGUUUAGCCUUCAUGAACGUCGAUUCUCAACCCAGUUUCUCCACUGCUGUCAUGGCACGCGUGCUACGCCACCCGUGUUUUGACGUGGUGAUGUGCACUGUGAUUUUCCUGAACACCAUCGUCUUUGCCUUCGAAGCCCAAUAUCGAGGCUUGAUGCUGGAAGGCCUCUUGGGUUUCAAAGGCGCUUCACCUCGUUCGGAGGAGACCUACUGGCUCGGUGCCGAGGACGCCUUCGAUACACUGGAACUGUUCUUCGGCAUCAUCUAUACCGUUGAGGUGGUCUUCAAGGUCUGUGUUUUGGGCAGACAAUUCUGUCUCGAUGCAUGGAACUGGAUCGACACAGCCAUCGUGGCAAGUUGGUUGGUUUCCAAGGUCAUUGGGCAAGCGAUGGUGGUGAACUCGCAAGUCCUCAGACUCGUUCGGAUGUUUCGGCUCAUGCGCUUGCUGAAACUGGUACGGCGGAUUCAGCAAUUCGAUCACUUGUUCAUGAUGACCACAGCAAUACGAAGAAGUUUUGGGAUCUUGGCCUGGACCUCUGCGGUGCUGUUCUUGGUGCAUAUGCUCCUGGCGCUCUUGGUGCAGCAGUCUCUCUUCUACUUCUACUUCGGGGCCGAUGGGGUGACCAUCGAAGACAAAAACCAGAUCUUCGAAUAUUUUGGCACCUUCACCCGGUCCCUGCUGACCUUCUUCGAGUUGACCUUGGCUAACUUCGCCGUGCCCACGCGCAUCAUGGUUGAGAAGGUCAACGAAUGGUGUAUGGUCUUUUGCAUCCUGCACAAGCUCACCGUGGGCUUCGCCGUUGUCGGCGUGAUCAAUGGCGUGCUGAUGCAAGAAACAUUCAAGGUUGCCCAGGCGGAUGACCUCGUCAUGUUGAGGACGAGACAAAAGGCCGUGGCCACCCACGUGGACAAAAUGCGGCAGUUCUUCGAGGAGGCACCGAUGUUUGGGGCCCGAUUCACCGAUCCGAUGUGGAUAUGUCGCCAAGAAAACCUGGGGUUGAUGACAUUCAACGGGAUUUAUUUAUAUAUAUAUAUAUAUUCAUAUGUAUAUAAAUUAUAUAUAUAUAUAUGUAUAUGUAUAUGUAUGUAUACAUAUAUAUAUAUAUGUAUUUAA